AAAGUUGCAUCAUCUAGUCCAUCUGAUCAUGGAGCAUGGAAAAAUUGGAUUUUGUGGAAACAGCUUUCCAUGUCUUGCUGCAUUGCUGUAGUGCAAGAUGAAAAGAUUGCAACAUAAUCACAUUGAGGAAGUAGUACAAUUUUUUGUGUCUGUCAGAUUAAGCUGCUAUUUGAAAUUAUGUUAGAGAGAUGCGAUACAUUAGUGUGUUGGUGCUGUCCAGACGUCUGUUUUAUUAUAGUUCAUGGACAUUAAUUCACUGGAGAGUUGAGAUCACAGUUUCAUGUAUAAUGUCAUAUGACAGACAUGUUCAGCUGUGCAGAUCCUGCUAUCUAGAAUCAUGUUGGAUAGAGAUACAGGGCGUCCUCGUGGGUUUGGAUUUGUAACCUUUGCAGAUCACCGGGCAAUGGAAGAUGCUAUCAGAGAUAUGCAUGGAAGGGAGCUUGGUGGUCGGGUCAUUUCGGUGAACAAGGCUGAGCCCAAGAUGGGAAGUGAUGAUACUGGGCAUGGCUAUGGUGGAGGCUACUCAUCUGGUGGCAGAGACAGCUAUGGUGGUGGAGAUAGGGCUGGAGGACGAUCUGACUGCUUCAAGUGUGGACGCCCAGGGCAUUGGGCACGAGAGUGUACAGCUGGAGGUGGUGGCCGAUUCUCUUCCCGUUCUAGGUUUGGUGGUGGUGGUCGUGGGGAUCGCUUUGGGGACCGUUAUGAUCGCAACAUUGAUGAUCGUUAUGAUGGUGGACGCUCUGGAGAUAGAGACCGCUUUGACAGCAGAGACAGAAAUGGGGGCCGUGACCGCUAUGCUAGUGACGGGUAUCCUUCUGGUGGGGAUCGCUUUGCUGGUGAUCGGUAUGGGGGUUCUGACCGAAUCCCACAGAAUACGUAUGGAAAAGACAGAACUGGUGGCCCAAGAGGCAGUGACAGGUAUGGGAGCGGUGGCCCAACUAGGUAUGGGGGAGGAGGGUACCGGGAAAGGUCAGGUCCAUAUGACCGCCCAGGCAGGGGAGGGCGGCCAUCUUCCUAUGAGCGCUACUAAGGUGGUUUUGCAGUUGUUUCUUUAAGCUGUUUUAGAUGCUUGUAUCUAUGUAGGGUACUUGUUUGCACUU